AUUUUUAUGCUUCAAGCAGUUGUCUAUGUAUCAUCAUCGAAAGUACACGAAUUCAUAAAGCGCUUGAACCGUUAAUUGAGCUUGUCGGCGUCAAGCUAAAAAAGCCAGACGUCAUCGCGAGAACCGGCGGAAAUUACUUUGACGCGCUUUGACGCGUGAUAAGAAGAUAAUAGUGGUGUUGUCAUUCUCUCGAAUCAGUAUAAUUCAGUAUAAAUCUCGAACUCGCUAAUCACGUUGCCAUAGUCGCUCCAGCACGUCACGAGAUAUAUCAAAUCGACGCGAAAAUUCAAUAACUUUUAUUUCAUAAGUUAUCGGUCGUUAUGUCUCUUCGCGAACUCGCCAUUCGCGUUCUGCUAAUCUCGAUUGUUCGUUUCUCAACGACGUCGAUCAUCCGGCCGCAAAGAUUGUACAUCGUACGAGUUUCGCCGGAAUCAGCGAGGAGCCUGGAACAUAUUCCGGACAAAUGGAGGACAGUGCAUCUGAAGUUCAAAGCCCCACAAAUCGAGAUUCAAUUGAUGAAGGGUUACGUCUCGUCGGACGAAAAUUGGAUGUUUGCUACUGAAUACAAAUAUUCGGGCAAAGAUUAUAAUGGCGCGACAAGGAUGACAUCGACGACAAAUGAGAAGAAAAUCCCGCGAAUUGAAAACGGUGAUAUGGAAGCGGAAGAAAAGGAGAAAGAGAAUAAUAUUCAGGAUAAUAUCGUGAUGCCUGAUAGAUUUAUCCCACAGAUUGAAUCAAGGAAUAUUAUUACAAUACCUACAUACUGUCCGGAAGGGCAACGAAAAGAUAGUAGAGGACGUUGUAGAAUUGUCAUAAUGUAAAAAAAGUAGAGAGACAGAGAGAUGGAAGAC